AUGGCAGAGGACAGUGGGCAGCAAAAAACGCCAGAUGCUCGUAUCCUUAAGAAGUCAACUCCAAGCACACAGAAUAUGAAAAGCCAAAAGUCAAUUCUGGGCUUCUUCCAAAAAUCUUCCCCGUCAGCUUCUGCCGCUUCUCCUGCUUGCCGGAACGAUGCUAGCCAGGAGCCAGUGUCUUCACCUGCUCAGCGAGCGGCCUCAAAUCAAAAAUCCCACAAGAAGCCUGAACCAAAAUUACCAAGAUCAUUGAAUACUAGACGAAAUAAAACUGUAACCAGCAGUGGGCAGAGCAUAACCCGAGUUCCAAGUAGCGAUGCAACCGGAUAUUGCGAACAGGAUGCCGAGGUGGAGGUUUCCACCGCAGUAAAUGGUGAUGGGAAGACGGAGGCAAGUACUGAGAGUGCGGCCGAUGGUGGUCUAGUGCCUUGCCCAUCACACCUGCUAACAGACUUACGGUACAGAUUGACGAUGAAGGAGCUGAUCGAAGCUCUGUCACAGCUACUCGUCGGAACAUCUAGCCGAAGAUCCCUUAAGAGGAGAAAAACAGCUGCAGGGUCAAGCGACGAAGACGAAUUCAAGAAUGAUACCGAGUUUUCUGAUGAUGACUUGGACAAUUUCGUUGUCCCAGAUGACUCCGAGGACGAAGUGAAACCGUCAAAAAAACGCAAGCGGCCCUCAAACACUGCUGUCAAAAUAUCUUCGUCAAAACCAUCCCCAAUACGAGAUGAGGAGUUUGACUUUGAACUUCCAGAUGUUAGUGGUGGUUCUGCCCUAAAGUGGACUUACGAUCCCAAUGAUACGGAGCCACGGAAGCCACGACCUGCUGUUGUCAGGAACAUUGCACCAGGAGAGAAGAAAAAAGCGAAGGCGCAUAUGAGUGAACCAGAGCAACGGUAUCCCUGGCUUGCUAAUAUCACUGAUAUUGACCGAAAUCCCCCUGGCCAUCCCGACUAUGACCCCCGGACCAUUUACAUCCCUCCUCUUGCGUGGACCAAAUUCUCACCUUUUGAAAAGCAGUACUGGGAAAUCAAGCAAAAGUUUUGGGACACCAUCGUCUUUUUCAAGAAGGGUAAAUUUUACGAGCUUUACGAAAAUGAUGCUACUAUUGGGCAUCAACUGUUUGAUCUGAAACUCACGGACCGUGUGAAUAUGCGAAUGGUUGGCGUUCCUGAAAUGAGCUUGGAUCAUUGGGCCAAUCAAUUUGUUGCCAAGGGCUUCAAGAUCGCGCGGGUAGAUCAAAGCGAGUCCGCCUUGGGUAAAGAAAUGCGAGAGAAGCAAGAUAAAUCCAAUGGCACACCAGUGAAGCAGGACAAAAUUAUCAGACGUGAAUUGUCUUGUGUCUUGACUUCCGGCACUCUUGUAGAUGGGUCAAUGCUUCAAGAUGAUAUGUCAACAUAUUGCGUGGCUAUCAAGGAGGCGUUAGUCAACGACCUCCCGGCAUUCGGUAUUGCUUUUGUUGAUACUGCCACCGGCCAGUUCUAUUUAGCAGAGUUCAUUGAUGAUGCCGAUAUGACAAAGUUUGAGACGUUUGUUGCCCAAACCCGACCCCAAGAAUUACUGCUCGAGAAGUCUGUCAUGUCUACCAAGGCUUUGCGGAUCCUGAAAAAUAACACUGGACCAACUACCCUCUGGAAUUAUUUAAAACCCUGCAAGGAGUUCUGUGAAGCCGAUGUUACUGUCCGGGAGCUUGAUGCCAGUAAUUAUUUUGUUUCGGAAGAGGGUGACAAUAUCGCGGCAUGGCCAGAAGCACUACGACAGGCACGGGACAAAGAAUUCGUCAUGUCAGCAUUUGGGGCGCUAGUGCAAUACUUACGGAUGCUGAAAAUUGAAAGAGAUUUGAUCACAAUCGGAAAUUUCACUUGGUAUGACCCGAUCAAAAAGGCAACCAGUCUUGUCCUGGAUGGUCAAACUUUGAUAAACCUUGAGAUAUUCGCCAAUUCAUUUGACGGGGGCCAAGAAGGAACACUCUUCCACCUCUUGAAUCGAUGCAUUACGCCUUUCGGUAAAAGACUAUUCAAACAAUGGGUUUGCCACCCAUUGAUGGAUACUAGGAAAAUCAAUGCGCGACUUGAUGCCGUUGAUGCCUUGAACGCAGAUAGCAGCGUCCAGAACCAAUUUUCAUCUCAGCUAACAAAAAUGCCUGAUCUCGAGAGACUUAUUUCUCGGGUCCAUGCUGGAAGAUGCAAAGCUCAGGAUUUCCUCCAUGUUCUUGAAGGAUUCGAGAAAAUCGAUUACACAAUGGGCCUCCUAAAGGAAAUCGGUUCCGGGGAGGGAGCCAUUGGACAAUUAGUUGCUUCAAUGCCUGAUUUGAGUGGUUACUUGCAGUACUGGAAAACUGCUUUCGAUCGUACCAAAGCUAAGGACUCCGGUAUUCUUGUUCCUGAAGCUGGUGUCGAAGAAGACUUUGAUGCUUCACAUGAUAGGAUUUCUGAAAUAGAAAGUGAUCUGGAUCAACUUCUGAAGGAAGUUAGAAAGAAGCUGGGUUCCAAUGCCAUCGUUUAUCGGGAUAACGGAAAAGAAAUUUAUCAACUUGAAGUACCAAUCAAAAUUAAAAACGUCCCAAAGGACUGGGACCAAAUGUCCGCGACCAAGCAGGCGAAACGCUUCUAUUUCCCUGAGCUACGCAGCUUAAUUCGCCAGCUUCAGGAAGCACAAGAAACUCAUAGCCAGAUUGUCAAAGAGGUUGCGAGUCGGUUUUAUGCUCGAUUCGACGAGAAUUAUUCGACCUGGCUAGCAGCUGUGAGAACCAUUGCGCAACUUGAUUGUUUGAUUAGUUUAGCAAAAGCCUCAUCAGCUUUAGGAUACCCAAGCUGUCGCCCAGUGUUUGUGGAUGAUGAACGGAGCGUCCUAGAGUUCGAAGAACUUAGACAUCCAUGUAUGUUGCCAAACGUGGGCGACUUUAUCCCCAAUGAUGUAAAGCUAGGAGGAAACACCCCAAAUCUCAACUUGCUCACUGGUGCUAACGCUGCUGGGAAAUCCACUAUAUUACGCAUGACAUGUACAGCUGUAAUCAUGGCACAAAUUGGCUGCUACGUUCCCUGUCAAUCUGCUCGCCUAACACCUGUUGAUCGUAUCAUGUCCCGUCUCGGCGCCAAUGACAAUAUUUUCGCGUCACAGUCUACUUUUUUUGUUGAGCUCUCAGAAACUAAAAAGAUUUUAUUCGAAGCCACGCCUCGCUCCCUUGUUAUUCUGGAUGAAUUAGGGCGCGGGACAAGUUCGUAUGACGGCGUUGCGGUGGCCCAGGCAGUGCUCCACCAUGUUGCUACCCACAUUGGCGCCCUCGGUUUCUUCGCAACUCAUUACCACUCCCUCGCUUCUGAAUUUGAAGGGCAUCCAGAAAUAGCUCCGCGACGAAUGCGCAUCCAUGUGGACGAAGAAGAGAGACGAGUUACAUUCCUAUACAAGCUUGAAGAGGGCAUUGCAGAAGGGAGCUUCGGCAUGCACUGUGCUUCCAUGUGCGGCAUUCCGAACAAAGUAGUUGAGCGUGCAGAAAUUGCCGCCAAGCAAUGGGAACAUACAAGCCGUUUGAAAGAAAGCGUUAAGCGUAGGAAGGAGGUGGGCUAA